GAUUGUUAUCGUUUGUGAAUAUUUUCAGUUUAUACUAUGAAAAAGACCAGACUAUGUGGUGUCUUUUCAGGACGUUAUGUGUGUUGUCGUUAGCAUCUACACUGGGAUUUUGCAAGCACCAGGAAAAUCCCCUCACAGUUCAGGAUCCAAUCAUCUUUGUGUCGACACUGAGUGGUUCAUUCUACGCGGUCAGCAAGUCAUCGGGCAAGACACUGUGGCACCUCCAGGAAGAUCCUGUUGUGAAAGUUCCGCUCGUCUUCACAUCUGGACUGAGUUUCCUACCUGACCCGAAGGAUGGCAGUCUGUACGCAAUAAGCAGUGGCCUGGAUGGAAUCAAGAAGUUACCGUUCACCAUCCCCGAACUGGUCACCGCGUCACCAUGUCGCAGUGCAGAUGGGAUCUUGUACACAGGUAACAAGAAAGACCAGUGGAUAGCGGUAGACCUGUUGACCGGCCAUAAGACAGAGACUCUCUCGAUGGACGGCUCUCAGAAAGUCUGCCCCUCGUCCAGUGAACAUCUUCUCUACAUCGGCAGAACAGAAUAUUCCAUUGUUAUGUUCGACAGCAAAACGAGAGUGAAAAGAUGGAAUGCGACAUUCAUGGAUUACUCUUCACAUGUUGGACAAGAUACACAAGACUAUGAUUUACGCCAUUUUACUGCCAGUGCAAAUGGGAUGAUUGUGACCCUGAAUAGCAAGUCAGGUGAGAUAAUGUGGCACAGAAAGUAUGACUCGCCUGUGGUGGCCAUGUAUCACAUGUACCAAGACGGACUUCAGAAAAUUCCAUUCACCAGCUUCGCCCCGGAAACCCUGGGCCACCUCACCGGCCAGCUAUCGGAAACAGUCUGGAGAAAUAGAUUCCUCGAUCACGGAAACUCACCAGAGUUCUAUCCUACUCUGUAUGUCGGGGAACACAAAUAUGGCCCAUUCGCCCUUGCUUCUUUUGUGGAUGAAAACACAGUGACAGUUGCACCGAAGAACCAGGCACCCCUGCUGAUCGAGGGUCCUGUUACCGAGGAGAAGGCAUCGGGAAAGCAAGGACUUCACCGAGAUUCCGUGUCGGAUACAACGUUCAACAGAGGACCUGGUGUACUGGUUAUUGGCUACCAUGAAGUACCUGACCCAUCAUCCUGGACGUUCAAUCCGCGGCCAGGAAUCACAGACAAGUCUGAGAAGAUCAUCAAGGUAGACCCAUCCUCGCGUUCAAGUGUCGCCAACACAAGUGGUGGUAGCGGCGGCGACUCUGCUCUGGAAGAGAAAGGGUUAAUGGUGUAUCUACGGAACCUCGGCGUCGACUGGAAGUUCCUUACCACUGUGGUGCUCCUAGUGGUGACCAUCGUCGCUGUCGUGUACUACUUCCCACGGAGAACGGAGAACUCGAUCAAGGUGAUGCUGGAGAAGCAGCUGGAGGAGCAGCGUCGACAACAGCGUCUCGCUCUCCACCGGCAGCAGUUUGUACAGACAACCGUGUCGCCCACCCUCACCGACCUCGAGGAGGAGAAAAAUUUACCUCCAGGAUUUAUCAAAGUUGGAAAAAUUAUUUUCAAUCCUAAAAAUGUACUGGGACAUGGAUGCGAAGGAACAUUUGUAUACAGGGGAAGAUUUGACAACCGAGAUGUGGCUGUGAAGAGACUCCUCCCGGAAUGUUUUAGUUUUGCAGAUCGUGAGGUGGAGCUGCUCCGAGAGAGUGACCAGCAUCCAAACGUUAUCCGCUAUUUCUGUAUGGAGGCAGACUCCCAGUUCCGCUACAUUGCCCUCGAGCUGUGUGUGUCCACUGUCCAGGACUAUGUUGAGGGCAGAUGUCCAUUCAGCUCCCAGCUUGUCGCAGUAACUGUUUUGCAGCAGGCUAUUUCAGGACUCAGUCAUCUUCACUCGCUCGACAUCGUGCACCGUGAUGUGAAGCCACACAAUGUUCUGAUAUCACAGCCAAACUCGAGAGGUGAGGUGCGGGCGAUGAUCUCAGACUUCGGUCUUUGUAAGAAGCUGGCCGCUGGCCGACUCUCAUUUUCACGCCGGUCUGGGGCAGCCGGAACUGAGGGGUGGAUUGCACCCGAGAUGCUGGAUGAGGAAAAGAGAACCACUUGUGCAGUGGACAUAUUUUCUGCGGGGUGUGUGUUUUACUUUGUGGUGACGAAAGGCAAACAUCCAUAUGGAGACUCACUGAAAAGACAGGCGAAUAUUCUGGGUGGGGAGCACUCACUGUGUCAUCUCGAUGGAAACGAUGUUGUUUCUCGGUCGUUGAUUGAGAAGAUGAUCUCGUUUGAGCCUGAAUGUCGGCCAACAUCACAAGCUGUUUUGAGACAUCCAUUCUUUUGGAGUAAAGAAAGACAGCUGCAGUUCUUUCAGGACGUCAGUGACCGUAUUGAGAAGGAGACUGAAGACAGUCUGGUAGUUCAGAGACUCGAGUAUCUGGGCUUGAGAAUCAUCGAAUGUGACUGGAGGAGAAACAUCACAGAGGAACUUCAGAAUGAUCUGAGAAAGUUUCGCUCAUACAAGGGCCACUCUGUUAGAGACCUGCUGCGAGCUAUGAGAAACAAGAAGCAUCACUACCGUGAACUGCCGGAUGAAGUGAAGGCUUCGCUGGGCAGCGUGCCCGACCAGUUUGUGGUGUACUUCACGUCACGCUUCCCCAGACUGUUGAUGCACGUCUACGAUGCCGUGCAAUGCUGCAAGCAAGAGCGUGUGUUCCAACAGUAUUACGACGUGGAGCCAGGCUGAACCGGCACUCACAGUUCUCUACACUCUUCUUCCACAGUGCAAUGUUUUGUGAUAAAUCUCGUUUACAUGGUGUCAUACAACCAGUAGUGUUGUAUGUUUUACAUGGUGUCAUACAACCAGUAGUGUUGUAUGUUUUACAUGGUGUCAUACAACCAGUAGUGUUGUAUGUUUUACAUGGUGUCAUACAACCAGUAGUGUUGCAGGUUUUAACCUGUGGGUUUUAAACUCACAGGUUCUGCAGGGCUUGGUUAGGUUGCAGUUUUGAUUUCUGAAAGAUGGAUGAAUGUUAAAGGUUUGUAAAUUUUAUAGCAAAAGUUAAAGUAAGAAUGAAAUUAUGUAGGAUGCAUGUAAAGUUACAAAAAUUUGCAAUCAUGAUGUAACAAAAUAUUUUGACAGGUUAAAUGUAGGAUAAUAAAUUAGUUAUUAAAUAUUUCCUGAGUGAUAUGUUUCACAUGUCAUGAGCUUAGCAUGUGACAAAUAAAACAUUAUUUCACAAGUGACAUAAAUUUGAUAAUAACUGGUUUGGAGUUUUUUAUUCUAUUGAUUAUCUCAACUAAUUUUUUUUCUCUGAAAACCUUUUACUUUUCUUUAUCCAUUUAUGUACAUGUAUCUUUAAAAAUGAUGUAAAGCACUUUCUGGGUAUUGCUGUAACUUAGUAUUUUCUUUAAAUUCACCUGUGAGAUCAUUUUCAAAACCAAACUUCUACUAGUAUUUACUCUUUUUAACAAAAUCUAUAAUUUAUAACAGUUACUAUAUUAAAAUUACAUCUUAUUACAAAAUUUAACAAUGUAAACAAAGAGGCAUUAAUGCAAACCCUUUAAACUAUAUUACGGUACACAAUGUAUGUCAUUGGUUAUUAAGCACUGUAUCGUCCGAUAUUGUACGUUAUACAACGCAUGAUAUUUGCUUAGUGAGAAAUUAUUAUUUUAAUUUCCCCAGUUAUGAGUGCCUGCUGGGGUAUAUUUUUACAUGUAUAUUAUGCAAAGAUGAGUUUUGUUGAGUUUGUUUCUGACUGUUGACAACUGUUAGCUCGUGUCAAGUUGGAUUUCUCAUUAUAAAACUUUGUGAAAUUG